AUGGAAGGAUGGGAGAGCUUUGGCCUGCGACUUUCCGACGGUGAUCAGCCAAUGGAUGAUGGAGCCAACCUGGAGCCUCAUGUCCAAGAGUUUCGGUUCGACGACGGGGGCAUGAAGGGAUUAGCGGCAGCCCUCUGUUGGUGUGGAUUGGUCUACUUCGUGAGCAAUUUGGAUGACUCUGUGGUUUGUCAUGGAGGGGUGAAGGAGCUGGCAAUGUCUCUCCUUUCGGUUCCAACCUACUACAAGAGGCCCGGCCAAGACCCAGCUCAUGCGAUGAUUGGUCGCAUCAUCCGUCAGAACGUCCAGGCCAAGAAGAUGGCCGUAAGUUCGUUCGAGUGGUCCCAAAUUCUUGGGAAAAUGGCAAUGGAAGAUAAGGAAGGUGAAAAAAUCACGGUGCAGGAGGCCAUCGAGAUCUACAAUGGGAACCCGAAGUGGUCUCCCAUGGAGGCAGUGGUGGGUCAAAGGACCAUAUUUUGCUCCGACAAGAGCAGUGGCAAAAAGAGCAGUUUCGAGUUUCGUGCCCCUGACACCAGGCUGUCCUUUUCAUCCUUAGCCUCCUCGCUACUGAUGCUGGCGGCCGGCCUUUGCGGGUGCCUUGGGCGCUUGAUGGCCAACCGUUCCCAUGAGUACGAGAAGCUCAAGGGCGAGGAUUUCGAUUUGGACGGUGUGCGGGAAUCCCUCAACGACUUCCUGGAUGAGGAUGAUGAAGACGGACAUCAUCCGGCACCAUACAACAGUGCUGCCCUCGACAAGAAACAGGAGGAGGCUCGCGUUGUCACAGGCGCAGCGGCCUCCGCCGCACGGGAUCAGGCUGUUCCGCGCCUGGUGCGGGGCCUGGCCCCUCCCGGCGGUACAGUGCACAUGGCCAGCACAGAUGAGGAGUUUCUCGGGGAGCCGCCCAGAGAUGACAGCGAUGCUGGGGAGGAGCUUGAGGCAGCUGAACCGCCACAGGCGAUUAUGUUGGGACGGCUCCCCAUCCAGCAGCGCCAUAGAGGUGGUGACUGUAUAGAAGAACCCUACGUUGAAGUGGAUGUUGACGACGAGGAUGAAAAUGGUCGUGUUGCGCUCAAGCGUGCCAUCGACAACGUGGUGACGGUGAGGAAUGGCCCACCCCUCCCGGUGGUGGACAUCCGGCACCGCUGGCACCAAGUGGCCUCCGAUGGCUUUGUUGCGCUCUUCUGCAGUUGUCCCAUGCUGUCCAUCUUCGUGGCGCGUUACAUGGUGAAAAACUACCUGUUUGCUCGCUGGAGGUUGAUUUUUCCACCGGAACACUCCUGGGGCCGGCAGCUGCGGCAUUGGCUGGGCAGCGAGGCUUUGAUGUGGCUGAUGCUGACGGAUGUUGUCCUCGGGGGCCUGUUCACUUGCGAUGGUUCGGUUAUGGGAAGAACCGAUUGCACGGCACAAAGUGCAUUCGUGUCCUUACCGGUGCAGAUGUUGACGAAUGCCCUGAGUGUGACUUCCCUGCUGCUGCUCCGGAUUUUGGAGGUUCAGAUCUUGGACGUGUCGGCUCACGUGCACUACCACAAGGUCCGCGCCCGAAAUCGCCUGGAAGCCUCAGCAAUUCCAGAUGCGGAGGGACGGAAGAGCGAUGCCAUGGAGUUCUUGCAGAAGUUCCCCAGCGCGAUGCCGGUGAUUUGUUUUGGGUCGACAUGGCAACAUGGUGGAUGA